AUGGCCAAAGACAAAGACAGCGGCCGUAAGGAUACCCGCAAAUCCAGUACAGAAAAAGACAAUACCAAAGCAGACAUCAGCCAAAAGGCCGCGGACAGCCAAAAAGAAGCCAAGACUAGCACGAAUGCAGCCUCGGAGCGAGUAUGCAAGGUCUGCAGCUGCAUCAAGGCCUCAGAGUUGCAUGCAGACACGUGCCCUUACAGAUGA